AUGGCCGACCCUUCUAAUCCACCUCGUACAUCUCUCACGACAUCGACUUAUGGAGACCAACGUACCAUCAGAGCUAACAAAAGCAUCCUUGAACGUAGUCUGAAUAAGACUAGAGGUGCAGAGGUCAGUCUGAAUGCACAAUCGUACAUGUUUUCAGAGAUGCUCCAAUACGCACAAAAGAGAGUAAACGGUAUUCAGGAUUUAGAAAAAAGAAUGAAUGAAUUUGGUUACCGUGUUGGUACAAGACUCUUGGAGCUACUAUCUUGGAGAGAAAAGGUUCCAAAGCGUGAGACACGGGUAUUGGGUGUCCUGUACUUUAUUCACAGUGUGGUUUGGAAGGCGUUAUUCAACAAACAGGCCGAUUCGCUCGAGAAGAGUACAGAGAACGAUGAUGAGUACAUGAUAUCCGAUAAUGAGCCUCUUUUGACUCGUUACAUUUCUGUUCCAAAGGAAUUGUCCCAGCUUAACUGUAAUGCCUAUGUCGCUGGUAUUGUAGAGGCUGUUCUGGAUGGCUGUCAAUUUCCUGCUCGAGUUACUGCUCAUACUGUUCCUAUCGAUGGGUUCCCUCAAAGAACAACAAUUUUGAUUAAAUUGGAGAAAGAAGUUUUACAACGAGAAGAGCUUCUCAAAUAAAAAACCAAUACAAAAAGAAGGAUAAGAAGAGAUAGUCAAAAGAGAGGAAAAGUAGCCUUUGUUUCUUUCAUAUAUAUAUAUAUAUAUAUAUGUAUAUUCAUUUUAAAGAAGAAUCAAAUGUUUAAUUAAUAUUACGGUUUUUAUUGUGGUUGUGGUUUUGGUUGUAAAUUAUUAUUAUUAUUAUUUCUUCCCUUU